ACACGCUUAAUUCACCAGAUGAUAGUAAUACCACCAAAGUCACUGAAUCGACAAUCUCACAAACAUCUCCUGAAACAUGCUCUUUAUGCAAUAAUUCUGUUUUAUUAUACAAACCCAAUGGAGCCAACUUGGAACUGAUUGCGAAAUUAACCUGUGUUCAUACCUUUCAUCUUAAAUGCAUUGUCAACUCCCUAAAGGAAAACCCAGAUUUGGAAAAGUUUCUCAAAGAAUUAUCUCUUUGGCCAAUAGUAUUUACUCAAUUACCUGAUCCAGAAAAUGAGAAGAUAGAGAAUUUCUCAACUUCACAAAUGGAUUUCCCUAAAAUAUAUGACAAAAUUCUUAAAGGUGAAAAGAAUCUCAAAAAACAAAUACGUGAGAUAACCUAUACAAAAUAUGAAAUUCUUGACUCAUAUUACCUUCUUGGAAAAGUAUUGGAGGAUAAAAAAUUUACUGAUAAUGAAAUUAAAAUUAUUAAAGAAAGGAGUAAAAAGAUUCCCAUAUUGCAUAGUAAAAAACAGACAAAUAAGGAUGAGGAAUUAGAAUAUAAUACAGAUAUGGAGAUUGAUUAA